AUGUGCGCCUUCGAGUGCCCUUCAACCCCGAAGAAUUCUUUUUAUGGCGAGAGCCACAGGCGAAGCCCUCUCGUCGAGAGAGUCGAGCGGGCAUCGAAAAAAUUGCGUGAGGAACCUGCCAAGGUCAACUUCCGCAGCAGCCUCCUUGGACCAACUGUUGUCUGGAAGUUAUUACCUACGCAAGCCCAAGCACUUACCAUUGCUCGCACUCUGGACGAUGACGUCCGGGUAUUCUCCUACGAGCUUCGAGAGAGCGAUGUUCCUGGGAAGCGUGGGUACCUGGUGACCCAUCCACUCUACCUGUGGGACGUGCUGAAAAUGCGCCGGCCUUCGGAUCGCUGCAUGUACGAAGUGAUUGCGGAAGAUGCACCAUGCAAGCUCUACUUCGACCUCGAAUUUGAGUGCAAGCCUAAUCCAGGCAGAGACGGCGUCGCCAUGGUCGAGCACUUUGUCGACGCAGUGUGCCGCGAGUGGGAAGAUCUUUUCGGGGACCGCUGCAGUCGAGACGAUGUCCUCUGGCUGGAUUCCAGCACCCCGAAGAAAUUCAGCUGCCACCUCAUUUUUCAGAGAAUGCGCAUGUUUCGAAACAAUCGCGAAGCCGGUGCCUUUGUUCACCUUGUGUGCGAGAAAAUGAAGAAAGGUUCUGUGGCGCCAAAGUCUGCCUUGGCUGCUUCCAGGGCUUCCCGGGCAAACCCUCUCGUGCUUAACAAAAGCGGCAAGGAAGUGCUUUUCUGUGACGAGGCUGUGUACACGCGAAACCGCAACUUCCGUCUUUUUCAGUGCACGAAGCUCAAGAAGGACACGCCUUUGGUGGUGUCGCAGAACGACUGCUAUGUCCGUUCCUUAGGGAAGCAGCCGGAUGACAAGGAUAUCUUCCUCGACAGUCUCAUCACGUGGCCUCCUCAGCAGACUGGUGAACAUCUGCUGACAUUUUCUGUGGACUGUGCUGCACCAAAACUGCAAGCAUCUGUGACAAAGAAGCAAGACAGCGUCACGUCGUUUAGCUCGCCAGGGCGUUCCUUGGCUGCAUCGGCUAUGCCAGCUCAAGGCGAGAAUGCUUCGGGCACGUCGCCAACGGCGCCCACCGCCAUCCUGGCACAACCUCGCGACCCUGGCACCGUUUCCGGAACGGAUGACACCGACGUUGAGGAUUGGCUUCAAGUAUAUGAACGAGACGUGCUGGCUCUUUGUCGCAAGGUUGACGAGAAGAUGCCGGAAGUGGAAAAGGUCGGGCAUAUCCUCAAAGGCAUCGCGGACGACGCGUUUAGUCUCCUCGUUUUCAAGAAGUCUUCGACAGUGCAGGACAUCAUUGCUGAAUGCCGCUGCUUCGAAGAAGCCCAAAACCGUCCCUUGGCCGAGCUAUCAAAAUACCCGGCGCCCACCUGUCACCGCCCGCCGACAGACAUCGAAGAAGACACCGCUCCAACAUCUCCACCCGCUAUACCAACCGUUCCCUUCGCCACGCCCACGUCUUUCCCGCUCGUCUCUGCCUCGUCGCUCUCCGUCUCCUUCUUCCUUCCGCGGCUCCUCAGAAAACUAACGGGCGCAGCUCCGAGAGGUGAGCCUGCCAUGACGACCCGACCCGAAAUUCCUCUGCUUGCAUUGCCUGGCCAUCCCAACCUCAUCAGCGUGGACGUGGACGCCCACCAUGCGGACGCACUUCGUCGCCUUCGCGCCUCGCACCAGGACAUUUUCGAUCUUGAUGACUGGCCCCUGGUCAAACUGUCCGUUGUGAAACAUCGGAUGCUCACCGGUGAUGCCAUCCCGAUUCACCGACGGCCCUACCGCGUCUCCCCUGAGCGCCAAGUUAUACAGCCAUAG